AUGGGAACUAACAAGUCGGAGUGGCAGCGGGUACCUUUCAAAGGCGAUCGGGACUUCUUUCAUGCAGACAACUUGGAGCCUCACGCAACACGGCGCUCCGAGAUCUUGAAGAAGCACCCCGAGAUCAAGGCACUCAUGGGCCCGGAGUGGCGGACGAAGUACAUCGUGGCCUUGACGGUGGCGCUGCAGAUUUUCAUGGCUCUUGCCACACGUGGCUGGUCUACCUGCUCAUUCCUUGUCGCUGUCUACGUGAUCGGUGCUACGGCCAAUCACUCGCUCUUCUUGGCCAUCCACGAGUUGGCCCACGGCCUUGGGGCCAAGUCGAUGGCGGCCAACAAGCUCAUCGGUAUGGUCGCCAACCUGCCGAUCGUUUUCCCCUAUUGCAUCACUUUUAAACCGUACCACAUGGCGCAUCACCGCAACCAGGGCGUGGAUGGCAUCGACACGGACGUCCCGACUGCUUUGGAAGGCUACCUCAUCACCCAGACGUGUAUGAACUACGUGGACCACACGCUGAGGAAGGCCUUGUUCAUGUUCCUCCAAAUCUUUGCAUAUGCCCUCCGGCCUAUCUUCAUCAAGCCGGACCUGGUCCCUAUCGAUGGCUGGGUAAUUUGUAACUUUGCCGUCUGUGCGACUUUUGACUACCUCAUCCUCGUCACUGUCGGAUGGCAUGGGGUGCUGUAUCUCCUUCUAUCCACUUUCUUCGCGGGCUCCAUACACCCAACCGCCGGGCAUUUCAUUGCGGAGCAUUACGUCAUGGAGGGCGAAGUGGAGACUUAUUCCUAUUACGGGCCGCUCAACCGCCUGGCCUACAAUGUGGGGUACCACAACGAGCACCACGACUUCCCCAACAUUGCCUGGUCAAGCUUGCCAAAAGUUCGAGAGCUGGCUCCCGAGUAUUACAACAGCCUCCCGCAGUGCCCCAGUUGGCCAGGGGCAAUCCUCCGCUAUAUUUUCGACGACUCGAUCAGCCCCUUCAGUCGGGUCAAGCGUACAAAGAAGGCCGAGUGA